UGCCGUGUAGUAGCUGAGCUACGUUUUGGUCCUUGGGAGGAGGAAACAAACCAAACUCUUCCCUCUCUCUCUCCUCCCUCCCUCUCUAUCUCUAGGAAAUAGGAGAGGCCAGAGCAGAAGGAGUAGGAGACGAUGGAUAAUAAUAAGGGCACGGAAGCCCAGAAGUACGUGUGGGAAGGCGCGAUCCCUCUCCAGAUCCACCUCCACGAAUCCGAAGUCACCACUCUCCCUCCUCCUCCGCCCGCCCUGGUCUUGGCUCCUCGGAUAGGGUACCUGCCUCUAUUAGUUCCACAAAUUAAACCUUUCUUCAAUAGUGCACUUCCUCCUGGCGUAGACACCGUAUGGUUUGAGUACAAAGGGUUACCCCUGAAGUGGUAUAUACCGACUGGGGUUCUCUUUGAUCUUCUCUGUGCUGAACCUGAAAGACCUUGGAAUCUAACAGUGCAUUUUAGAGGAUAUCCAGCUAACAUUUUGACCCCUUGCGAAGGUGAAGAUAGUGUAAAAUGGAGCUUUAUUAAUUCAUUAAAAGAGGCAGCAUACGUAAUAAAUGGGAAUUGCAAAAAUGUUAUGAACAUGUCCCAAUCUGAUCAGGUGGAGCUUUGGCGCUCUGUUUUAAAUGUUAACUUGGAAACAUACCUCUGGGUUUCAUCUAAGCUUAAACUGGGAAUAGCAGGAGAUGAGUUUUCAGUGAAAUUGAACUCAUGCGUAUUAAAAUCUCAACAAAGCGCUGUUGAGACAGAUAAUACUGGGUCAGUCAAAAUAGGUAGAAUACCAGUUCGGUUGUAUGUUUAUAAUGUCAAUGAGGAUUUUGAUGAUUUGGAAGAUGCACCUCAGAUUGAUAGUUGGGACAAAAUAUCUUACAUCAAUCGACCUGUAGAGAUUCACGGGGAAGGAAAAUGCUUCACCUUACUUGAUGCAGUAAAAUCACUUCUGCCGGAGUUUUUUGCAGAACCAUCCUCGACAAAUGAAGAAAUAUCGGAAGUAGAGGUAGGGGAUGAACAAAGAUUGCCUUCAGAAGAAUAUGGAAGCAGCCCAAGAAUUACUACAGCAGAUGUCGGAGAAACAUCAUGCGAACAUGUGUGGUCCAGCGAUGUAUCGGACACCGCUGAAAUCAAGCUUCUCCGCAUUCAAGGGAUUGAACCUAAACUGGAGAUCCCUUUCGGUUGGGUGGUAAACAACUUGAUGAACCCAGAACACUUUCUUCAUAUUUGUGUUUACGUAAGGAUUCCAGAACCAAUUACCAUUUAGCGAGCGCAUCACACGUGUUACCCUAUCAUUUGAGGGAGUUUAUGCUGUAUAGAAAUUGUACAUAACACUUAUAUAGUAAGAUUGAGCUCAUUACCUGAUUUCAAUUGAUUUAGUAAUAGUUUCUUGAUUGAAAAGUGUUAAGAAAAGGAGGGUUUAAAUUGGCUA